AUGGCAGUGGACAUGCAAUCUCUCAGCAUCGGAACGUAUCUCCGCGCCAAUGGUUCAUCCCACGGAGCAGAAGCGGAAGCGCGAUUUGUUCCUUUCGGGUGGGAAGCAUGGCACUGUGACCCAGACGGUGCUUGUGAAGAAGAUGACGAAUGGCUCGGCGGCUACACAGGCCAGUGGAGGGGCCUUCUGACGACGAAAUAUUCUAGGCUGAGGCACAUCUCGCUCCGUGUGCAAGCUUUGAGUACUCGGACAUGCUCGUCAUGCAUCUCUGUAGUAUCUUCAACGUGCACCAGACCGCAAUUUCUCGACCACAAAGGCACAGCCUCAACUCGCGGGUUGCAGGCAGCUUCCACUGCCCGCAUCAUUUACAACUGUGAUAACUACAACGCAUCUACAUGGGCAUGCCAUUUCUGCAUGCAUCAGAGGGUAUACCAUGGACUUUCUGGACGUCCGGAUGCGCAGUGGCUCAAAGUGUACAUGACAGGCGCGCGGAACCCCGCAAAAGUAAUGCCUAGCCGCAACCUUCACAUCCGCCAGGCACAAUUGGUCCGAGAUGUUACCAGGGUCAAGUAUCGGCGACCCCACGCGGGACCUCCAGCAGGCUCAGGCGCGGCAGAUACUCCAAGAUAA